AUGAAUAAAGGUGAGGUGGUGAUUGCAAUCCUGGUUAUGAUUGCUUCCUGCUGCUACAGCUACACUGAAGCGAAAUCCUUCAGUCGCAGAAGGAACCUGCGGGAUCUUUCGAGCGAUACUGCUACCCAGGGAACAAAUGUUGACGAAGAAGAGAGAGGGGGCGGAAACGUGUUGAGCACACUUUUUAAGAAGGCGGACAAUUUCAGCAAGAUCAAAACAUCCCAUGGGAAAGCCGCAGACCUGAGCACGAUUAGAUCUUUUGCGGAAAAGGAUGAUGAACUGAGUAAACUCAAAAGCCUGCCAUCGAAAAAAUCCUUUAAGCUCACGAAACAAGACAUCACCAACGUUCGACAAUUUGGUGAAAACGAUCCAGCGAAAUUUAAAAAAAUGGUGGCCAUUUGGAGUUUACAUGGACUUGGAACAGCCGCUGUUCUUGUUCUUCUGGUAAUGCUGAGUCGCGGUGGCGAACGUUAA